AUGCCUGAGAGUUCAUCAAUCUUGAUCAAAGAACACGUUACUCAACCGCUUAGAUUAUUGUCAACUAAUAAAUCAGGUUCCUCGCAUAAUUUAAACUCGUCGUCUGGGUCAAGCAGUCCCCCAUCGCCAUUAUUAGUGUCGACUGAUACUAAUCCGUCCCUUGCUUCACAGCAAUUGCAUCGUCCAUCUCCACAACAACAACAACAACAGCAACAACAACAGCAACAACAGCAACAACAACAGCAACAACAACAGCAACAACAGCAACAACAACAGCAACAACAACAGCUGGUGGGACUGCAACUGGCACAACCUCCACAACCAAUGCAACUGGCACAACCAGCUCAAAGACAACGAGCACGACUGCAUCAACAACCCCUGGUUUCAAGAAGACCAUCCUUUGGAUUGCAUUUUUUGAGCAGUUUUGGCAUGAGGUCGCAACCGCAAUCAGAAACUUCUAGUCCGUAUCAGGCAGCCCAGUCGGCGCCACCAUUGCAACAACCACAACAGCAACAACCACAACAGCAACAACCACAACAGCAACAACCACAACAGCAACAACCACAACAGCAACAACCACAACUGGCUACAGUAACCUCGACAUCAGGGGCAUCCGCACAACCACCGCAACUAUUGAAUGCCUCUUUGAGCACAGUCUCACCGAUGCAACUUCCACAACAACCACAACCUCCUACUCGUCAUCUACUGCAAAAUGCGUCUCUUCAAUUGAUGUCAAAUAGUCCCACAUUGGGCAACUUGAACAGCUAUGUCGAUGAGGACAUCAACGAGGCAAAUGCCACCGCAUUUCAUGAUACGCUUGAAGAGCCUCUUGAAGAGCCUCUUGAUACUACAGUUGCGAUUGUUGACAACAAUUUGAGACCUCAACCACAACAAACCACCACUGCUAUAUCAUCAUCGUCUUUUAAUCUCGUAUCGAGCGAGCCAAUUUUGUCUUCAGCACAAGACACGAGACAAGGGUCAGAGGAGGGUAAGGAAAAAGACGGCACGUACUCGGUUCGUUUAACUCCGUUGAUUGAUCACUCUUCAUCUUCAAGUGGAUUGUAUUUCUCGCCCAUUAUACGUAAAAUCAAGCCAGGAGCCAAGAUUAGUAUUGGACGUUACACUGAGAAAAACAAAGCGGCUGCUCAUGCAGCACAGGGGUCAUCUGCACCCAUAGUAUUCAAGUCGAAAGUUGUUUCACGUACACAUGCGUUAUUGGAUUGCAAUGAGGAUGGACAGUGGUUUUUAAAGGAUUGUAAAUCAUCACUGGGCACGUUUUUGAACCAUAUUAGACUUUCGCCUGCGUCACAAGAAAGUUCAUUGAUGCCCGUUAUUGAUGGUGAUAUAAUCCAAUUGGGGAUGGACUAUCGUGGGGGAACAGAAGAGGUGUACCGAUGCGUUAAGAUGAGAUGUGAGUUUAACAAGAGUUGGCAACGUAAGGUGAAUCAAUUCAAUUUAGAGAUUCACAAAAAGUUUAGAAACUUGAGUGUCAGUGACCCAAAUAUAUUGGCCAGUGGCGGACAUGGAUCGGGGUCAGCUGUGCCUGCAGGAGAAAGUUCAGAUAACAGUGAAUGCGCAAUUUGUUUAAUGAAGGUUGAACCGUGUCAAGCGCUAUUUAUAAGCCCUUGUUCGCAUGCCUGGCAUUACAAAUGUAUCAGGCCGAUCAUUAUCAAGAGCUAUCCGCAGUUUUACUGUCCUAAUUGUAGAACAAUGUGUGAUUUGGAAACUGAUUUGGAAGAUGAUGAUGAUGAUUAA